UUCUAUAGUGGGAACAAGGCUCCUCUCAUACUACACAAGCUACUUCACCUUAUAUGGACACAUGCUAGGCAUUUGGCUGGCUAUGAGCAGCAAGAUGCACAUGAGUUUUUCAUUGCAGCUCUAGAUGUAUUACAUCGACACUGCCAGGGCAAUCCACCAUCAAAUGGAGAUUCCACACACACGUGUUCCUGUAUAAUAGACCAAAUUUUUACUGGUGGGCUGCAGUCAGAUGUAGUUUGUCAGUCAUGCAAUGGGGUUUCCACAACAAUAGAUCCUUUCUGGGAUAUCUCACUAGACCUUGGUCCAUGCCCGUAUGGUACCAGUAAAGCUGACAAAAGUGUUCCAACUUCAUUAACAGACUGUUUAGAGCGGUUUACACGUCCGGAACACCUAGGUAGUAGCGCAAAAAUUAAAUGUAGUGGCUGUGAAAGUUAUCAAGAAUCUACAAAACAACUUACAAUGAAGAAGCUCCCAAUUGUUUGUAGUUUUCAUCUUAAGAGGUUUGAACAUAGCAACAGAUUACAUAAGAAGAUAUCUACGUUCAUAUCAUUUCCUGAACAUUUGGAUAUGACUCCAUUCAUGUCCAACAGAAGAAAUAAUAACAACAACCAUAAUGGUGUAUCAGCUCAUCCAACUGAUAUAAAUAAUAG